AUGAGGCGGGAUCAGGAAUGGGCGGGCGGGCCCCGCUCCCCUCCGCAGCUGAGGGCGAUGGAGGGCGGCGAAUCCCCGUGCAGGCCCGGCUCGGUCGAGCUGUGCCUCGCAGGGCCUGGCGGGCGCUUCCCGGCGGCGGCCGUGGAGGAGAUCCUGAGGGAAGAGCUGGGGAGCGCCCUGAGGGAGCGGCGCUACGAGCCGGGGCCGUGCCGGCAGGCGGCCUGCGACAUCGCCCAGGCUGUUAAGGCUCGGGUCAAAGCGCUGGCAGUGCCCAGGUACAAGAUCGUGGUGGUGGCACACGUUGGGCAGCUGGGUGAGCAGAGCCUGCAGAUCAGCAGCAGGUGCCUCUGGGAUCCUGGCAGUGACACAUUUUCCUCCUGUGUGUUCAAAAACACCUCCCUGUUUGCUGUGGCAAGUGUCUAUGGUGUGUAUUUUGAAUAGGGAGGUAGUGGAGUUGAACAGCAGGAGAAAUGGAUAUUCAGCACAGCUCUUCUUGUCUCUGUUGUUGAAAAGAUCUGUGAAGGACCAAGGAAACAUUACUGGAAGCAUCUGGAGUAGGAAAUAAACCAUGGGUUUUGCCUGCCUGGUUUUGGGCUGGUGCUGAUGGUCCUGAGUCUCUCCUGGUGCAGCCAUUCCCUGUUUAGGUGGGGUCUGGCUGAGCUUGCUCUGAAUUUGAAACCAGAUCUUUUGCUGCCCCUAUUUCCCAGCUGAAACCUGCUGUUAGGUUUUCCUGACUCAGAGGACAAAUCUAUCACAAAUCGCUUAUUUUAUUACAUUUUAGGUGCAAAGCUAAAACCAGAACAGGAGUUAGCUGGGAAGAAAUAACUUCAUGUACUCGUGACUUAAAGUUUAACCCACUGUAAACACUGUGAAAUGCAGACAACCUGAAGCCACUUGCUGGUGUGCAGUGUGACAUUUAACACCCAAAAGCUACAAUUAAAGAACACAACAGGAA